CACCUGAACCCCCGAAUGCCUGCGAACCAGCUCAGCUCCUCUCCACGGACAAAUAUGGGGUUGUUUGUUGUAAUCUUUUCAGCUCUUCUGCUGAGUGGAUUUUGCAGAGGAGGACCCACGACUACAACACCACCAUCAGGCACCUGUUGGGUCAUGGGUAGUCUCCACUACACCUUCGAUGGCCAUAACUACACCUUUAUUGGCAACUGUACCUACACCUUUGCCAAGAACUGUCAUGCUGAUGAGACCCUCCCGGCCUUUGAGGUGCAGACCAAGAACCUGAACGAGGGCAACGUACAGGUCCCAUCGGUGGAGACGGUCACUGUCAAUGUCUACGGGAUCAACAUCGAGAUAAAUCGCAAUGCGUUUGGUAUAGCUCGGGUGAACUAUCAAGAAUGGCUGCUCCCGGUCAACUUGAACAAUGGCCAGGUGAAGCUUUUCCUGAAAGGUCUGUACAUCAUCAUAGAGACAGACUUUGGCCUGAUCGUGCAGUAUGACUGGGGCGAAUACCUCACCGUCACACUGCCAGGGAGUUUCUCCGGCAGUGUGUGCGGCCUGUGUGGCAACUUCAACAACAAAAAGGAAGAUGAUCUCACGACUCCCAGCGGCUCAGUGGCCAGCAGCAUGUCAGAGCUAGGACAGAGCUGGAUGGUUCCCGGCACCGAUACAAAUUGCCAAAACGGUUGUGGCGACAAUUGUGCCAGCUGCCCUUUCAGUUAUGUUCAGAAGUUAGAGCAACAAAUCUUCUGUAGCGCCCUUAUACAAAAUUAUCAAGAACUUCUAGGUUGUCUACCUGACAUUAACUCCAACCUCUUGAAAAGUAACUGCAUGCUGGACCUCUGUAGGGGGGAAGCCAUGACCGCGUAUCUCUGCAGCAGUCUUCAAGGCUUCGCUGACGUUUGUCAGAGGUCUGGGGCCAAGGCAGGCUCCAACUGGAGGACAUCCACUCAAUGCCCUACACCCAAGUGCCAAGAAAACAGCAACUAUGAGUUCUGUGGGAGUGGGUGUCCUGCUACAUGUGCAAACCCUAACCCUCCUACAAAAUGCAACUUCACCUGUGUGGAGACGUGUGUCUGUAAGGAGGGCUUUGUGCUUAGUGGCACCAAGUGUGUUCCCAACGAUCAAUGUGGCUGUGUGUACGAGGGUCACUAUGUGGAAGCAGGAGCCUCCUUCUGGGGUGAUGAGACCUGCACCAAACGCAUGACAUGCUCCGCCGGUGGAAGUCUGUCCUCUAGUGUAACUAGCUGUCCCGCUGGGCAGCAGUGCCAAGUGGUGGAGGGGAUCAGAGGCUGCAAUCCCAUCAACGACGCCACCUGCAUGGUAUCUGGUGACCCCCAUUUUGUGACCUUUGAUGGGGAGCGCUUCAACUUCCAAGGCACUUGUUCGUAUUUGAUGGCUGGAGUCUCCUCGAAUCAAACCGAUUUGGAACAUUUUAGUGUCGUGUUGCAGAAUAAUGGUCAGGAUAAGAAGAUUGGAUCCGUUGUCAAGCUGGUUGAGGUCCAAGUGAACGAGAAUACCAUCAUCAUUAGCAAAGAUAACCCUGGCGCUGUUGUGGUCAAUGGUUUGCUCUCCAACCUCCCUAUGACGCUGAACAGCAAUAAGCUCCAUCUUUAUAUGAGUGGCUGGUUUGCUGUAAUCGAGAUGGACUCCGGAGUGAAGGUGUACUACGACUGGAACAGUGUAGCAUUCGUUACCGUUCCCAGUACGUACAUGGGCGCAAUGCAAGGGCUUUGUGGCAAUUACAACCUCAACCCCAAAGACGACAUGCAGAUGAGAGAUGGCAAACAAGCAACCUCUUCUGAGGAUUUGGGUCAAAGCUGGAAAGUCGCCACGACCCCCGGCUGCGUAAACGGCUGUAGCGGUCCCUGCCCCGGCUGCAACUCAACUCAGAAAGACACCUACAACACCAACAGUUACUGUGGCCUCAUCAGCGACCCUGCAGGCCCGUUCAGAGACUGCCAUGCCAAGGUGGACCCUACAGGCUUCCUCAACGACUGCGUGUAUGAUGUCUGUCUUUACCAGGGAAGUCAGAGCAUGCAGUGCAAGACUUUGACUGCCUACACAGCCGCCUGCCAGCUGCAAGGUGCCACAGUUUACUCCUGGAGGUCAGCUGAAUUCUGUGCCGCCCAGUGUCUAUCAGAAAGCCAGUAUCAGCUCUGUAGCAGCGGCUGUCCCCGAUCUUGUCAGAAGGACUGUGGAGCUCAGUGUAUGGAAGGAUGUGUCUGUAAUGAUGGUUACCUGAUGAGUGGAGGUGAAUGUGUGCCUGCCAACCAGUGUGGCUGCACAUAUGAGGGACAAUACUACCAGCAAGGACAGGUCUUCUACCCUGAUGCCCUUUGCCAGAACGAAUGCACCUGCAAUGGCACAGUGACGUGUAAGCAGUCUACUUGUGGUCCAUUUGAGACGUGUGGGGUGAAUAAUAACGUACGAUCAUGUCAGCCAUCGAGAAAAGGACUGUGCACCAUCUCCGGAGAUCCUCAUUACAACACCUUUGACAACACAACAUAUGACUUCCAAGGCACUUGCACCUACAUCGCGGCUGAAGGCUGCCACCUUGACGGCACCCGGCUCACCCCCUUCUCUGUGGUGGUGGAGAAUGACAAGUGGUAUGGUUUGUCAUUCAAUCCCAAGGUGUCUGUGACCAAACUUGUCGCGGUAGAAGUUUACGGAACCAUUUUGAUCCUUCGCAGGGAAGACAUUAACAUGGUUUGGGUAAAUGGGAUCCUUAAUCACCUUCCACUCAACCUCAACAACGGAGCAGUGAAGGUUUAUCAGGAGGGGCAAAAUGACAUCAUAGUGACCGACUUUGGCCUGAGGGUCACGUAUGAUCUGGUCUAUCACGUCACAAUCACUGUCCCUGGAAGCUACAGUGGCAGAACAUGUGGUCUCUGUGGCAAUUUCAACAACGACAAAGCAGAUGAGUUCCAACUCCCAAAUGGAACAAUUGCCAAAGACUAUCAGAGCUUCGGAGCAGCUUGGAAAGUGCCAGUGAUUGGAGCCGUCUGUGAAGACGGCUGCAUCGGCAACCAGUGCCCCAUAUGUGAUGAAUCUAUAAAAGCUGUGAUAGAGGCAGAAUGUGCAGUUAUCAGCAACCCCAAUGGUCCAUUUGCGGCUUGCCAGGGUAUUAUUGAUCCCACCUCCUACUUCAGAGAUUGUGUCUACGAUGUUUGUAUGGCCGAAAAUGAUCCAAUCAUUCUGUGCCACAGUAUUUCUGCAUACAUGUUAGACUGCCAAGACUUUGGUGCAAAAAUUGGGAACUGGAGAAAUGCUUCUUUCUGCCCUUUACCAUGCAGUCCUGGCAGCCAUUAUGACACUUGUAUACUGCCUUGUACCACUCCAUGUCCGGGUCUGGUUGACACCCUCACAUGCACUACGACUUGUGUGGAGGGCUGUGCCUGUGAUAAAAACUACUACUACAAUGGAACUGGCUGUGUGCCCUUUGACCAGUGCAGCUGCUAUUACAAUGGACAUACUUACAAGAUUGGAGAGUCCGUUAUAACUGAUGACUGUCACAGGAUUCACACCUGUACGGCCUCUGGAAUAGUUGUGUCCAAAAACAUGACAUGUGACCCUGACCAGAGCUGUUUGGUCAAGCAAGGUGUGAUGAGUUGCCAACUUCAGCAGUGCCUUUUGGAGGCCAAUGGGACCCUCACAGCAUUUAAUGGUGAUAGUGGUACCAUAACAGUGCCAGGAGUCUAUGAGAUGAUGCAGAACUGCGACGUCUCUCAGACAACAGAUUGGUUUAGGGUGGUGGCGAAGUUGGAGACGUGUGCUCCAGGUGUCAACACGAUUUUGGCCAUAUAUGUGUUUUUCAAUGAUGUGAUGAUCACAGUCAACAACAAACAUGACAUAUGGAUAAAUGGAAGAGAGCUUACUCAGACGAGUUUCACCAGGAGUGAUGUAAACUUGGUGGUUUCUGACAAUACAGUGAUAAUCGACAGCACUUCCACCAUUCAUGUGUCCUUUAGCUCGACUAAUGAAGUCGCCAUUAGUGUCAGUGAUAUAGUAGCAGACUUGGUAUGUGGCGCAUGUGGUACGAUCAGGCCUUCUCUCAUAGAACUCAAGUCACUGAACAUUGGGCACUGGAAGGCUCCUGACUUUCCCCAAUGUGAUGUUUAAAUUGCAGACCAGCAAGUUUUGUAAAAACUGCAUCGAUGAGAAUCUUUCAGCGAUCACAAUAUCCAUGAAAACCCUAUUCCUUUCUCGGUUUCAAAUGUAAAAAUUCUCAAAUAUAUAUUUGUCUUGCAAAACAAAUAAAUGAAUCUUGAAUUGUUUACAUUAUAAUAUGAUAUAUUUCAAACAAACCCUAAAAUUGUGUGCAUAAGGUUGGUUAUGAAAACCCAAAUUGGUGAUAAAGUAUAAUAUACAACUUUAAAUGAGUUGUUUCAGUUUUUUCAUCUACAAAAUGUACAGUUAACAUUUGUUUUUUGAUUUGUUUGUCAGUUUGAACAGUCUGCUUAUGAUACAAUGCCAUUGCAUUAUUAAAAUAUAGCAAAAUGGAGACCUGCAUAAUGAUCCUCAAACAUAUACACUUUUCCAAAAUGUAUUUUGGACUUUACAUUUAAACACUGAGGUGAAUAAUUACACCAGCUUCUACUGCCCUCUGUGGUAAAGUCUCUAUUUUGUGUUCCUUAUCUAAUGUUAGAUGCAUAUAUCAGAUGUUGCAAUAUGUAUUUGAGAUACAGGUGAUGAUGUAUAUAUUGCUUAUCACAAAAACAUUGUAGUCAUUAAUGGAAAGAAUUUGAUUUUAAGUAGAACAUUUUUUUAGGACCUCAGUGUAAUAAUUUAACAUGACGUCCUCAACAGCUCUGAGCUGAAUGAUUUGUGAAAUUGCUCAGUCACAAAUUGUGGCAGAACUUUAACAUAUGGAUGUAAAAGUUUAAAGAAAUAGUGCAUAGACUAGACUAGUGAAAGGUUGCUAAAGGUGUAAAUGGACUCAAAGGUUAAGACUGACAAACAAUGUAUUGUAAGUAGUAUUUGACAGAGCACGUGUAAAUGAUAGUGAUACAUUUUCACACACAGACCUCAAAGUGUUUCAAAAGACCCAGCAAAUCUUCAAUUUGUCCUGAAAUAUUAAAAACAUUUGGUUUCUAGAUAACCAUAAUGAACACUGCUCAUUAAUUAAUCUGUAUAUGUUGUCAUUUCACUAACCAGAGUGCAUUGUUUCUUUCAUAAUGUUUAUGGCAUUUACAUGCAAUCUCCAAUUAUUUUCUGUAACUCAAAGCUUUUACAAAAUAAACCAAGAGCCAGACCUGGA